AAACUACAACCUUUCAAGUCAAAAUGAGAGUAAGAGUGGUGGGUGGGUUCCAUCGUAUAUUCUACAGUCAAACACAUGUUCUGAAGUUCACCCUUUUUCUAUGUGGGCGGAGAAAGAAGGAAAACUCUUACGCAAGCUUCAGAAGAGAGAAUGGAGUUUGUCAACGUUACGGUGUUGGAGCGCUGAGAGAAACCAAAACAAAAGAAGAUGAAAAAAAAUCUAAAAAAUCGCGACAAUGUAACCGACCGUUCUGGAAUGUCUCGGUGUUGAAAUAAUCGCCGUUAUGAGUCCGGUGUCGUUCUGCACGUUCCUGGUGGUUCUCCUGGUCUACGUCCUCUCCUUGCAGUCAUCCUCCGCCGCCAACCUCCUCAACGCCGUCGUCUUCGUCGGCCUCAUUGCUCUCAUCGCCUUCCCCCUCGUCCUCCUCUACUACUACAACUGCACCGCCUUCCUCCGCCACUAUACGCGCUUCUCCGCCUUCUUUGUCCUCGCUUCCGUGGGCGGAUCCAUCCUCCUCUCCCUACUCCAGCGCUUCUCCACCCCCGUCGACUCGGAUGUGACAGUAUCUAAAGGCAAUGAAUUUGAGGAUUACUUUUUGAAGAGUGAGCUGCUUAUGGGAAUAUACGAGAAGGGUUUUGAGAGGCCGUCUCCUAUCCAAAAAGAAAGCAUUCCCAUUGCUCUUACUGGUAGUGACAUUCUUGCUAGAGCUGAAAAAGGACCAGGCAAAACAGCUGCAUUUUGUAUUCCUGCAUUGGAAAAAAUUGAUCAGGAUAAUAAUGUUAUUCAAGGCUUCGCUUAUGUCUUGAUCAUUGCCUUUGUUAUAUACUGUAAUGCAGUUGUAAUAUUGGUCCCAACUCCAGAGCUGGCUUUGCAAACAUCCCAAGUGUGUAAAGAACUUGGAAAACAUUUGAAAAUCCAAGUUAUGGUUACAACAGGCGGUACCAGCCUGACACAUGAUAUUAUUCGUUUAUAUCAACCAGUCCAUCUGCUAAUUGGAACCCCAGGAAGAAUAUUAGAUCUUGUAAAGAAGGAUGUUUGCAUUCUGAAAUAUUGCUCUAUGCUUGUUAUGGAUGAGGCUGAUAAGCUUCUCUCACCAGAGUUCCAACCUUCAAUAGAACAGCUGAUUCCAUUUCUUCCUAGAACCCGUCAAAUUGUGAUGUUUUCUGCCACAUUUCCUGUUACUGUUAAGGACUUCAAAGAUAGAUAUCUACGCAAGCCAAACAUUAUUAACCUUAUGGAUGAGCUAACUCUGAAAGGUUAUGGUGGACACAAGAACGAAUCAAGGUUGGAUGGGUUGGAAAAGAUGGUUCAAGAAUUGGCUUAAGACCGUGAUGGAGCUGAUAAUGAAAGGCAUGAUCGUUUCCAAAGAUUGGAAGACCUCAUCCGGGGUUUGACAGUUGUGGUGGAAAAGCUAUCAGGUGGAGAGAAAAUCUUGGACGAAUCUUCCACAGCAGGUGAUCGAAAUGUGCAGCAAAUAGAAGGUGACAGGGACCAAUUGUCUUUUCAUUCGCAUUGGAGAAAGCUGGAUAUACCAGUUUUUGUGGGGGAAGAAGCAUAUGGGUGACCAACAAAUUGGAAAGAUAUUUUCGGAUGAAGGAGGUUACUAAUGAUGAAAGAAUGCAAGCGAUGAUGGUGGCUUUGGAGGGGAAAGAUUUAAACUGGUUUCAAUGGUGGGAGUUAUGCAACCCGAAUCCCACGUUGGACGCCUUUAAGGUUGUGGUGGUAUGGCGGUUUGGACCAACAAUGUUGAAGAAUCCUUUCGAAAUCUUGAUUGGAUUAACACAAAGUGAUACCAUAGAAGAAUGCGUAGAGCAGUUUGAGCAAUAUAGGUCUUUUGAAGGGUAUUGAGCAAGAUUACUUGGUGUGUAUUUUAUUCAAUGGAUUGAAGGAGGACAUUAAAGCUAAGGUGAAAUUAUAUGAACUGAACACUCAUGUUGGGUUAAUGCUUGAGUCUCAGAUGGUGGAGGAAAAAAUUCGAGUCACCUCAAAAGGAGGAACACCUAGUGUGUUAGGUUCUUUUAUGCAGAGAAUCGUAACAGAUGACUCUCCUCUCUCACACACUCAAACAGUAGCAAAGAAAUGAAUGUAUACGUAUUUCUUAAUUCUGUAAAGUGUGUAAAACGAAAUUACAAGAAAGUGUUCUAAGGAAGCCUCCCUUUCUCCACUGGAAAAUGUCCGGUCUAUUCCCAAAAGUAAAAAUAUUUGAUGAUCCUUUCUCCCCUUAUUCUGUUAUUAUUUGUACUCCCCUUUCCCUCUAACAAACUUCUAAAAAACAUUCCUUCUUAAUUUUCCUUCCCGCCUUUAUUUCUCCUAACAUACACUUUUAUUCCCCUAUCGUAGUGCUACUUGGGUUACAAGCCUUACUCGGUAACCAGAAGUUUUUCAAGAGAUAUGGGUGGUUCUAUGGGUUUGAUCAGUCAUAACAGAGGCAAAGGGGGAGACCUUGGACAUAACCAGUGCAGUGGGUAGUACUUCAGGAGGGCAGUGUCCAUGGGGCGAUCCCUUUAUAAAGUUAUCUGACGACAAGAUAAGAUCAAGACAGGACUAUGUUUUCAGUGUGAUGAGAAGUUUGGACCCAACCAUCUAUGCAGGAAUACAUAUGUUAAUGAUGACUGAAGAAUACAUAUCGGGUUUUGUCGAAUUGCUGGCGAGUGAAGUUGGUAGUAAGGAAAGUCUGGAAGGCAGUGAGCAAGUCUUGCAACUGUCUUUGUGUACAAUGGCUGGUCUUACAACAAAAAAAUCGUGGAAACUGUGGCAGAAUUGGGAAUGAGAAGGUGUUGGUUCUGAUAGACUGUGGGACAUCUCACAAUUUUUUUCUUCAGACCUAAUAUCUAGAUGUGGGCUGACACGGGAGGAAACACUUUCCUUUAUGGUUGAAGUGGGAGAUGGGCAUAGGGUGAGGUGUCAAGGAUUUCUUCUAGACCUACAGGGUUUGCAGGUUCAACAACAAUUUUUCAUAUUUGAAUUAGGAGGGGCUGACAUGUGGUUUUGGGGUUGAAAUGGCUAGCAAGUUUGGGGAAGUCAAAGCUGAUUUUGGGUAAUUGGAGUUGACCAUCGGAAAAGGGGACAAGUAACAGAUUCUAACUGGAGAUCCAACUCUGUCCAAAUCUGAAACCUCACUCAAGAAGGUGCUAAAAGAAAAGAAGAACGAAGGCUCUUGUUAUUUGAUCAAAUGGGGAGAAGAAAAGGAGAUUGAUAGUUCUCCUGAAAUUCCUGCUGAAUUACUCAAAGUCUUGGAAUUGCAUGAUGAAGUUUUCCAAGAUCCAGUAAGAUUACCUCCUAGCCACAACCAUGACCAUGCCAUUCAUCUUCAAGAGGGAGCUUCCAUUCCCAAUCUCAGACCUUGCAAGUAGUCUCAUCAGCAGAAGAAUGAGAUUGAAAAACUAGUGCAGGACAUGCUGCAUGCAGGAGUUAUUAGGCCAAGCAUCAGCCCCUAUUCAAGCCCAAUAAUCUUGGUAAAGAAGAAAGAUGGAGGUUGGAGAUUGUGUAGGUUACUGGGCUCUCAAUAAAAUCACCAUUCCCAUUACAUUUCCCAUUCCAAUAAUAGAAGAACUAUUGGAUGAAUUGGCUGGAGCAACUAUUUUUUCUAAACGGGACUUGAAAUUGGGAUAUCAUCAAAUUCUUAUGAGGGAGAGGGAUAUUGAGAAGAUUCCCUUUAGAACUCAUGAGGGUCAUUAUGAGUUCGUAGUCAUGCCAAUUGGGCUGACUAAUGCACUAGCUACUUUCCAGUCUUUGAUGAAUGCAGUUCUUAAACCUUUUUUAAGGAGAUUUGUUCUAGUGUUUUUUGAUGAUAUACUAGUUUACCAUCCAACUAUCGAGACUCAUGUGCAACAUUUGGUGGAGGUUUUAAAAGCACUGCGAGAAAAUCAAUUAAGGCUCAAUAAAAAAUAGUGUAGUUUUGGACAGCCUAGUCUAGAAUACUUGGGGCAUAUUAUCUCAAGGAAAGGGGUAGCUGCAGAUCCAAAAAAAGUGGAAGCCGUGUGGAGUUGGCCUGUCCCCAAGGAUGUCAAUGCCUUAAGAGGCUUUUGGGGGUUAACAGGUUAAUACGGUGGAUUUGUGCAAUGAUAUGGGAAGAUUGCUAAACCUUAUACCCAGCUGUUAACUAAGGAUGGGUUUAAAUGGACUGUAGAGGCACAAAAGGCUUUUGAAGAGCUUAAAGAGGUUGUUUCGUAACUGCCCAUUUUAGCAGUUCCUGAAUUUUCCAAGCUUUUUACCAUUGAGACUGAUGCAUCCAGCAAAUGUUUGGGGACUGUCUUGUUACAGGAGGGAAGACCGCUGGCUUUUCGGAGUCAAGCUUUGUCAGAUGGGGGCUAAAACAAGUCUGUCUAUGAGAGGGAAUUAAUGGAAAUAGCUCAUGCAAUUCAAAAGUGGAAGUAUUAUCUAAUGGGUAGUCAUUUUGUAGUUGUCACAGACCAGAAAAGUCUGCAAUUUCUCAAUGACCAGCGCUUGUUCACAGAGGAACAAUUUAAAUGGGCAUCCAAACUCAUUGGAUUUGAUUUUGAGAUCCAAUAUCGACCUGGUAAAGAAAAUACUGCUGUUGAUGUGUUAUCUAGAUGUAUUUUCUGGCUAUUUCCAUUUUUCAAACUGAUGAAUGAGAAACUUGGGAAGUGAAGGUUCAACAAGAUGCCAAGUUAACCUCUUUGAUGCAAGAUUUAUUGGUUGAUUCCACGGCUCAUACUGGAUAUGAAUUGAAGACGGGGAGAUUGUUUUACCAUGGAAAAUUGGUGUUGCCUCGCUAGUAUUCACGGAUUCCUAUUAUUAUUAAGGAAUUGCAUGAAUCUCCUUUGGGGGGUCAUAGUGGGUAUUUUUGAACCUUAAAAGGAUGGCUAGAGUGGUGUAUUGGGAAGGUAUGAGGAAGGAUAUUAAGGAGUUUGUGAUGUAAUGUGAUAUCUGUCAGUGCAAAAAGGCAGAAACGUUGGCUCUAGUUAGUUUUCUGCAGCCAUUACCUAUUCCAACUCAAGUUUGGUCCGAUAUAUCCAUGGAUUAAAUUGGAGGGUUACCAAACGUACAAGGGAAAGACACUACUUUUGUGGUUGUUGACAGACUCAUCAAAUAUGCACAUUUCUUUGCUUUAGCUCACCCCUAUACAGCUGCAAAUGUAGCCUAACUAUUUCUUUGAGAGGUUAUCAAACUUCAUGGUUUCCUUUCCACUAUCGUAUCAGAUCGUGACAAGUUAUUCUUGAGCAAUUUCUGUUGUGAACUAUUUUGUCAAGCAGGGACCAAAUUAAGAUUCAGUAUGACUUACCAUCCACGAUCAGAUGGUCAAACGGAGGUAGUAAAUCACUGCCUUGAAACAUACCUAUGGUUCCCAGCCUCAGAAUGGCCUCAUGGUUACCUUGGGCAGAAUUUUGGUUCAAUACCAAUUAUAGUGCCUUCACAAAGAUGACUCCCUUCAAAGCUCGCUAUGGCCGAGAUCCUCCCAUACUUUUGAAAGGUACCAUCUAAGGUGGAUAGUGUGAAUCAUUUACAACAAGAACAUGAUGGCAUUUUAGGGGAAUUAAGAACCAAUUUAUGUAAAGCACAAGAUCAGAAUCGUGUGCAAGCGAACAAGCAUCAAAGAGAGGUUGAAUAUCAGAUUGGAGAUUGGGUCUACCUCAAGCUGCUACCCUAUUGGCUUAGGUCUCUAGCCAAGAGACCCAGUGAAAAACUCAGCCCCCGUUUUUAUGGACCAUAUCAAGUUGUUGAUCGUAUUGGCUAGGUUGCUUACCCUUUAGAUCUACCCCCUCACAGCAGGAUACAUCCUGUUUUCCAUGUCUCUCUGCUGAAAAAACAAUAAAACCCGUUGUAGUGCCCCAGCCCCUUCCUCCUACACUUACGGAAGAUUGUAUCUUGAAAGUCUAUUCAGACCAGCUGUUGGAUGUUAGGACUACCAGCCAAAGAGAAUUAGAAGUUUUGAUUAAAUGGCAACAUCUUCCAACUGCUGAGAAUAGUUGGGAAUUGGCUGCCUGCAUUAACAAGGAGUUUCCAGAAUUUCACCUUGACAAGGAGAAACUUCAUGGAGGGUGUAAUGAUAGGUUUGGUACUGUGUACAAGGAAGAAGCAAAACAGUUAAGAAAGUUAUUAUUAUUUUUAACUGUAACAAGACAUUAUAAAUAAGUCUGUCAGGUGUGGAGGUAGGUCAGUGUUUUUGGUUUUCGGUUGGAAAGGGAGUGAGGAGCGAGAGUUCUCUCGAAUACCUUUGUUGUUGUUUGUAAUCACUUUCUUUUUCUUGUUCCUGUUAUUCCCUACCCCGUUGGUAAGGAAUUACAAGCUAUUGUAAUAAAGUGUUUUUUCUGUAUAUAAAUUCUAUCACUUUAUAAUUUUUAUUU